GGUGAACAGAGUUUUGGCAACGCCCCGAUCGGAUCGUUAGAGUUAACUUUACUUCAGUCUUAGCUGAGCGGCUCGCUGCAACGAACGUGUUUUUCUGCCUGCAGUGAAACAAAAACGAAUUACUAAUUAAGUGAUCAAUCGAAAUCGAGUGAAAAUGCGUUUCAAACUGUUUGUGGUUUGUGCGCUGGCCUGUGGCUUUAUGGCCUAUGUCCUGGCCAACGAGAAUAUCUCCACGGAGGAGCUGGAGGAUGAGAUUAUUGCGGUUCCAGAACCUGUGAAACAGACCAAACCCAAGGCCCAUGCGGAAUUUGUGGAGGUGGUUCCGAAGGCCACACCCGUUGUGAAAAAAGUGGAAGAGGAAAAACCGAAAACCAAACCCCUGGCUCUUCAGAAACCCACUUUGAUUCCCGUGGUCCAUGUCACCAGUCGGGGAACCGAUGAUAUUUUAACCGUGGCCGGGUUGAAGCCCCAGAAAAUGUCUGGAGCCCUCGUAAUGCCAAGUGAUUAUAUGGGGGAGCUGGGAUACGACGUGGACAAUAGUGGCUACAAUUGGGAUCCCAAUAACAAUGUGGCCCCUCCAUCCUCUGCUUCGGUGGCAGCUGGAGGUUAUACUAUAACCGCCGCCCGCUUGGCGGAACUCAGACAAACCUUCAUGUACUGGUACUUCGACAAGGACAUGUACGGAGGACGCGGCGACUACCAGUUCGACAUCCACGCCUCCAUGACACAGCUCCACAAGAAUCUGAACUUCCAACUGCCCUUCUACGGAUUCCGAUUCAACUACACGAGGCUCUCCCUCAACGGUUACUUGGAGUUCUCGGAUCCGCCAGAGUACCUUACUUAUCCUCUGGUUUUCCCGAUUAAGGAUUGGCCUGCCAAGAGGGAUCCCUCUUUCAUGGGCAUCUUCUUCAGCAAGUGCAGAGUUGGUCGAAUUUAUCCGUCGGAUAUUGACCAGCGAACGCCUGGCGUUUACUUCCGGGUGGAACGUGAUCUGAUGGGCCGCACGGACCGGUUUGGAGUGGAGGUUCGGGAACGCACCAUGUGGGACAUUCGACAGGGAGUCGUGGGCGCCGAUACCUUCAUUCCCAAGCACGUGGUGAUCUCCACCUGGAAAAACGUAUCCUUUGCCGGCGGCAUUGAUAACUCCCUCUAUACGACGAACACCUUCCAAAUGAUCCUGGCCACCGAUGAGGUCUACACCUAUAUCAUCUUCAACUACGCCGUAUUGAACUGGCUUUCGCACACUGAGGCCGGAGGUGAUACGACAAAAGGCGAGGGCGGUACUCCUGCAUAUGUCGGAUUCAAUGCGGGCAACGGCACUCAGGCCUAUGAGUACAAGCCCUACAGCCAGAACAUGGUGAUUCGAGACCUGGCCAACAGAGGUUGGGCCAAUGGGUUCCCGGGUCGUCACAUCUUCCGCGUAGAUGAACAGAUUCUAAUUGGGUCCUGCAACAAGGAUAUAGAUGCCGCCCUGCUACCUUUGACCUUUGCCCCCGAAUCUGGCAACAUGCUGGGUGGUCAGGUGGUGAACAUCACUGGUCCUUGCUUCGAUCCUUCGAUUCGCGUGACCUGCCACUUCGACACGGAAUCCGUGCUGGGCACCUAUGUGGACCGGAACCGAGUGAUCUGCGUGCAACCUUACCUGAAGGCCGAGGGCUACAUUCGCUUCCAGAUCUCGGUGGGAACCCAGCGAUUCAAGUGGCGUGGAAAGUACUUCGUGGAGACCCCGGCUGCGGCCACCGAGAAGAUCUUCUUCGCCACCGACGAUGUGCACAAGAAGAAUCCCAGCGAGAUCCGCAUCACCUGGAACCAAUACAAUUUGACCUCGAAUGCCAAUGCCAAUGUGAUGAUCUCGCUGUGGGGCUACCGCGAAACCAAGAUCGAGCCACAGCUGGAAUAUAUUGAUGUGAUCGAGGCCUCCUACUCGAAUUCGGGCAGCUACGUGAUCACGCCCUCGAAUUACCUCAACCGGAACAACAUUAACCGCGACAUGCAGUUCGGAUUCCUCCAGAUCAAUCUCACGCAGCCCGACCAAUACUCCGGAUUGGCCAUCAGUCCGAUCCUGUGGUCCCGCCCCAUUCCAUUGGCCUGGUAUAUGGCGCCCCAAUGGGAGCGACAGCACGGAAAACGCUGGGCCAGAGCUCUCUGCGAUAAUUGGAUUCGAGCGGACCGAUUCCUCAGGAACUUCGCCGCUGAUUUGCCACUUUGUCCCUGCACUUUGGACCAGGCUGUCCUGGACAAAGGACGCUUCCGGCCAGAUCGGGAGUGCGACAAGGACUCGAACCCUAGUUGCCUGAGGCAUCGUGGUGCCAUCCAUUGUGUGGUUAGCGGAACGCCAGUUGCCCAAGGAGCUGAGCAGCAGUGCUGCUAUGAUCGCUAUGGCUUCCUGAUGCUGACCUACGACCAGAUGUGGGGCUCCCGUCCCCGUCGCGUGCACAAUCUGGGCAAGAUGCCCUGGAACGAGGCCAGCAAGGUGCCCUCGUUGUCCAUGUGGUUCCACGACAUGCGCCCCUUCUACUCCUGCUGCUUCUGGCAGGAGGAGCAGGCGGUGGGCUGCGAAACCUAUCGCUUCGAGCGUCGUCCUUCCCAGGAUUGUGUGGCCUAUCAGGCGCCGGGUAUCGCCGGAGUAUUCGGUGAUCCCCACUUUGUGACCUUCGAUGGACAGGCCUACACCUUCAACGGACUGGGAGAGUUCGUCCUGGCCCGCAGUGUGGAUGAGAGUAAUAAGUUUGAGGUCCAAGGACGAUUCGAGCAACUGCCAACGAACUAUUACGGCGAGGUGAAGGCCACCCAGUUGACUGCGGUCGCCAUGAGGGGCAAUACCACCACCACGAUUGAGGUGCGCCUUCGUCCUUUGCAUGCCCGCUGGCGCUAUCGCCUGGAUGUCCUGGCCGAUGGUCGCAGGGUGUACUUCGAUCGGGAGAGCCUGAAGUUCCAGCACUUCGACGGUGUUUCUGUUUAUACCCCGACCUACCUGCUCAAUCAGUCGCAAGUGGUGGUCCAGUUUGACGCUGGCAUCGGAGUGGAGGUGGUUGAGAACGAGGGCUUCAUGACGGGCCGCGUGUUUCUGCCCUGGAAGUUUAUAAAUAAAACAGCAGGACUUUUUGGCAACUGGAGUUUUAAUAAGCUGGACGACUUCAUGCUACCCAACGGCCAAGUGGCCCAGCUCAAUCUGAAUGAUUUGCGCAGCAUCCACACCAACUUUGGAAUCAAGUGGAUGCUCACGGAUCGCGAAGUUCCUGGAGUGGGAGCUGCUCUCUUCACCCGAGAAUUCGGAAGGAUGUCAAGCUACUACGCAAAUGCCACCUUCCAGCCCAAUUAUGUCCUAGAUCCGGCCGACUUCCUGCCCACGAAUCGUACUUACGAUCUGGAGCGAGCUGAGGAGUUGUGUGGUGAAUGUAUGCAGUGCCAAUACGAUUACGCAAUGACCCUCAAUCGAGAUUUGGCGCACUUUACAAAGAACUACUACGACACCAUAGUCAAUAUGCAGGCUGAAAACGCGGUGCGCGUCGUAUCCUGUGGUGUGUUGCAGACUCCUCGUUUCGGUCGAAAGUUGAGCUUCGACUUUAUGCCAGGUGCCAAGGUGUCCUUUGAGUGUAAUGAGGGCUUUAUCCUGGUUGGAGAUCAACGUCGUGAGUGCUUGUCCAACGGUCUGUGGAACGUUCCUGAGUAUGGAUACACCGAGUGUCUACGUGAGGUGUACUACACGCGUCGCGUCGCUUUCAUAGCAAUUGGCAUUAUCUUCCUGGUGAUCUGCCCACUGAUGCUGUGCAUCGUGUGCGGAGUGUACCGCUAUCGCCAGAAACAGCUGAAGGAGGAUCCGCAGUGGCAGAUGCCCAUGCUGCCCCGUUCGAGGGCCAGUUCCGCCCGAAAUUUAAGGACCCUGAACUACGACGAUGACAGCGAUACGGAUGCCAGCACAUUGAAGAAAAGUAGGUCCUACGACAAAGUAUAUCGCACGAACGAACCAUUACCGGGCAAACCGCAAAUUGAUUUUCCAGCUAAGAAAUGGGAUCUGGAUGAGAACGACGAGGAUGUGACCUCAUCGGAAGGUGAGAAGCCGAAGCAGUUGGGUCGCCGAUCUCUGCACGCCUCGGGCGCGGAUUUGGAUCACCAUGCCGGGGACGGAUCUCCGGUGGAUCCGGACCAUCACCCCGACGAGGAUGAUGACUUCGACGAGGCGGAUGUUCACACGGGCACCGUCCAUCCCGCCGGUUAUCACCAGCCUUUGUCGCCGGAGGAGGCGGACCAGCUGCACCGCCAGCAGUACAGUCCCACUUUCAGUGGACUGGACAGUCGCACAAGUGGGGCCAGUUCCAUAAACUACACUCCCCAGGCGACGACGCAAAAUCGCUUCGGAGGAGUGCCGGUGCUGCCCAGCAAUACCCAGUACUACAGUAGGCCCCCCUCGAGUGUGAACGCCGUGCCACUGCGCACAGCGCCCACGCCUCUGACGCAGGACAGUGGCCUGCCCUCCCCCCCUUGGCCACCUCGCCUACUCCCUCGGUACAAAAGUCCACGGAGGUCUAGGGAUCAGGACUCAUCGGGAUCCAGUAGCUGCAAAGUUCAAAUAGGAGCCACCCAAAUAAAAACUAAUGUUAAGUUCAUUGCCGAUAACUUUAACACCCACCUGUCCAUGAUGUUUUCUCUAUCUGUAUUUUAUUGUUGUACUGUUGUUUUUUGCCCAAGGCCAUGACCACAUCAAACAUAUAACAUAACAUGUAUUUAAUAGUCCAAGCCCCGAGCCAAAACCAAAAACCAAAUACUUGUACAUUAAGCAUAAUUCAAACGGCAAAUUCAUCUGUAUUUACUUCGGCCCAGGUAAACAAUCAUCAUUUUAUAUUGAAUAAAGCCUUAAAACAUUUGUUUAUAAUA